AUGAAUGAAUUUUAUUUGAAUGCAGAAGAUGACGAUGAAGAUGAAUCGGAUCGAGAUACUACUUUACGUUCAUCCUCACAUGCAUUGGAAAUUGAACUUUACAUCAACCAAGGAUCAGACAAAUCUACAAAAGCAACUGAUGGUGUCGAAGAAGAAGAAUAUAAUCCAUUAUCAUUCUGGGGAAAAAUGCAUUCUACUUAUCCAGUUUUGUCAAAGGUAGCUACUCGUGUGCUUGCUGUGCCAGCUGCAAGUGCGGCCGUGGAAAGAGAGUACAGUCAUCCUGGUAAUAUCAUCACACAAAAACGGUCCAAACUAUCUCCUGAUGCUGUCAAUGAAAUAGUUUUCAAUAAUUCUUAUAAGAAAUAUCAUGGGAAACGUGAUCAUACAGAGGAAGGUAAAACACGCUAG